CUUAAACAUUGUACAAGAGAAUUUACGAGUCCUCGCAUGCUCUUCUAAAGACGUCAAGAUGAGUUUGCAUGCCAAAGUGUGUCUUGUGGUAGUAGGAACUUUCUUUGUCUUCGUUCUCGUUCAAAACGAAAGUAUUUGAAAAUUCGGUGAAUUUUAAGGAAUGGGUCAGACGUUUUGUGAACUGUUUCAUCGCACUUUCUGGACAUGAUGCAAAGUAACAGAGGCGUGACAUAGUUCAAAUCUUGUGCAGUACUGAUUAAAAUACAAGUCUAGAACCCUUAUUGACCUGCAAGUUCUUAGUAUCAAGUCAGCCAUUUUCUAGAUAUAGGAGGCAGAAAUCUUGUUGAUACUAUAUGCAAGAGGAGAUGUCUUUAUCAAAAUAUAAAUCGAAUAGAGGGACUACACAUUUUGCUCGAAUUGCCCGGGCAAUAUUAGGUCCCUGCAUGGAUGUACUGCGCGAAGUUCUCGCAAAAGAGAUAUCUCCACCUGACUUGGAAAAGAAAGUUAAAGAUUACAUAAGUCAAAACAGAAAACCUCCUAUCAGUGAAAAACAAAAACAGCUUGUUUACAGCAAAAAAUACUCUGACUUUGACAUUACGUUACUCUAUUUCCUCUUUCGUAACAUUUGUUCAAUUUCUCAACACGAAAACAAAUGGGGGAAAGAUCCAAAACCAACUGAUAAAGGUGUAUCAGCAAACAUAGAACGAGUUCGUAUUUUAAGAAACGAAUGGUAUGGACAUGCUACGGACUUUUUUCUAUCGGACUCAGAUUUUGAACAAAGAUGGAAUCAUAUUUCUCAAAUUGUAAAAGAUCUGGAAGGUAAUCUUGGGACUUCAACCAAGUACCAGGACAUCCUGAUUUUGUUAAAAACUUGUUUUAUGGACCCUGAAUCGAUAGAGCUCUACAUAGAUACAUUGUUGACUGAUAUUACAAAUCUGAAAGAGGGUUUUGGAGAGUUACAGACUGAUGUUACAGACAUAAAAGAGGGCUUUGGAGAGUUACAGACUGAUGUAACAAACAUAAAAGAGAGUUUUGGAGAGUUUCAAACUGAUGUUACAAGUCUGAAAGAGGGUUUUGGAGAGUUACAGACUGAUGUAACAAACAUGAAAGAGGGCUUUGGAGAGUUACAGACUGAUGUUACAGACAUAAAAGAGAGUUUUGGAGAGUUUCAAACUGAUGUUACAAGUCUGAAAGAGGAUGUAGAAGAGAUAAAAAAGACAAACGAAAAAUAUAGUACUCAAGUUCUAUCACUUGGAAGUCCGUGCAACCUGAAUGCCUCGACCGGAAAGCAAUCAACAGUAACUUUCCCGGCCGAAUCACAGAUGGAAAAGUCCAUUUUUGACCAAUGGGAGCAGGACGAAUCUUGUUUUAUUUCAACAAAUGCUUGUGAAGAAGUAGAAAAAAUAAUCAAAAGCAGGAACCUGGUUAUAGUGGGUGGUCACUCAGGAUCCGGAAAGUCAGCCAUUAUUCAACACAUCGCACUCAAAUACAGAAAGCAGGGCUGGACCGUAAGACGAGUAACGGAGGUAAAAGAAAUUGUGAAUGAAUAUUCUUCAAGUCGAUUUCAAAAGAAUAAAACCAUUUGUGUUUUUAAUGAUCCACUGGGAAAAGAAUCCUUUGAUGAAAUAUUGAACAAUUCAUGGCAAAGAUAUGAGGAAGAAAUAACAACUUACUUAAAGACAGCAAAACUUUUUAUGUCAUGCAGGAAUUACAUUAUUUCUGAGAGUAGGAUAACACGCUAUCUCGUUCAGCAUUCAGAUAUCGUAGAUAUCAAUAAUGACCAACAUAAACUUUCCAAACAAGAAAAAAUCCAAAUUUUGAACAUAUAUAUGUCCAGUCUGAAUUUAUCAAAAGAAGAAUGCAAUCGUAUUGUUAAAACUGAAAGGUAUUUUCCGUUACUGUGUAAAUUAUAUUCGAAAAAAAAAGAAUAUCUAGGAAACAUAUUCAAAUUUUUCGAAGAACCUGUUACAGUUUUAGAAGGAGAAAUAUCUUAUUUCAAAAACAAAAACAAAGAAAAAUACUUAGCUUUAGUUCUUCUUGUUCUUUUUAAUAAUAAGAUUUGCAUUGGUAAUCUCUUAGAAAACAAAGAAUACACCGAAGAGUUUAAACAUGGGUUAAACCUCUGCGGAUUUAAUAGUAUGGCACCUUUUGAAGUAGGCAACAAUCUUGACUCCCUGAACGAAUAUUUGGUCAAGAAAGUAGGCGACACGUACCAUUUUUAUCAUGACUUUGUAAUGGAAGUUACUACGCAUGUGUUUGGAACAGAUUAUCCCACUGAAACAAUAAAAUACGCCGAUAUUGGCUUCCUCAGAAGAAGAGUAAAAUUGGGAAAUUUUGACAAACACGACGACUCGUUCACUAUUUAUCUAAGUGACAGAUACAUUGAGAAACUUGGAGAAAGGCUUUAUACUGAACUGUUUGGAGAACGCGUGGUAGAUGUCGUACUCAACCCUUGUCUAAAGAAUGAAAAAGUAAUCGAAGUACUGCAAAAAAAGAUAGCGGGUCAUCCCGAAAAUCACUAUAUGCUACUUGAAACAAAGAAACUUACAAUUGAUAAACAAAAACUUGAUUUGACUUCUAAAACAGUACUAAUGAAUAAACUUGAAUUUCUGGAAUUAGAAAAUGAAGUAUCGCCAUUGUUUGUUUUGAUUGUAUUUUGUCAUACACAACUUUCGCUGUAUUGCUUGAAUUUUCUUGAGCAAAAGCAUACCGACAACAGCUGUUUUUCUGCAGUGUGUUGCAAUGGUUCAACAGAAUUGUUUAAUUAUGUUUGUAAAGACCACGCAGAAGAAUCUUUUAAUAAGACAUGGGGAGAUUUAUGCCAUAUUCACAUUGCAUCCUUGUUCCACAAUUAUGACCUACUUUAUAAGCUCAUUAAGGAAGGUGUACAUGUCAAUAAAAAGAUUGACAAUUUCGGUGGUUGGACGCCCCUUAUGUUAGCAGCUGGUAACGAUAUCCGAGAAAACGAUAACUAUAACCAUAGGGAAACAGGUGCAGAACGAAGGGAUAAAACUGUACAACUUUUACUGAGUAAUGGAGCAGACAUUAAUUUAUGUGACGAGGACGGAACCAGUCCUCUCUAUAUAGCUUGUCAAAACGGACAUGAUAGCACUGUACAACUUUUACUGAGUAAUGGAGCAGACAUUAAUUUAUGUGACGAGGACGGAGCCAGUCCUCUCUAUUUAGCUUGUCAAAACGGACAUGAUAGCACUGUACAACUUUUACUGAGUAAUGGAGCAGACAUUAAUUUAUGCAACAUAAACGGAGCCAGUCCUCUCUUUAUAGCUUGUCAAAACGGACAUAAUAGCACUGUACAACUUUUACUGAGUAAUGGAGCAGACAUUAAUUUAUGUCUAAAGGACGGAGCCAGUCCUCUCCAUAUAGCUUGUUUUGAUGGAUAUAAUCGCACUGUACAACUUUUACUGAGUAAUGGAGCAGACAUAAAUUUAUGUAAGAAGGACGGAGCCAGUCCUCUCUAUAUAGCUUGUCAAAACGGACAUGAUAGCACUGUACAACUUUUACUGAGUAAUGGAGCAGACAUUAAUUUAUGUGAGGAGGACGGAGCCAGUCCUCUCCAUAUAGCUUGUGAAAACGGACACAAUCGCACUGUACAACUUUUACUGAGUAAUGGAGCAGACAUUAAUUUAUGUGACGAGGACGGAGCCAGUCCUCUCUAUUUAGCUUGUCAAAACGGACAUGAUAGCACUGUACAACUUUUACUGAGUAAUGGAGCAGACAUUAAUUUAUGUGAGGAGGACGGAGCCAGUCCUCUCCAUAAAGCUUGUGAAAACGGACAUAAUCGCACUGUACAACUUUUACUGAGUAAUGGAGCAGACAUUAAUUUAUGUGACGAGGACGGAACCAGUCCUCUCUAUAUAGCUUGUCAAAACGGACAUGAUAGCACUGUACAACUUUUACUGAGUAAUGGAGCAGACAUUAAUUUAUGUGACGAGGACGGAGCCAGUCCUCUCUAUUUAGCUUGUCAAAACGGACAUGAUAGCACUGUACAACUUUUACUGAGUAAUGGAGCAGACAUUAAUUUAUGCAACAUAAACGGAGCCAGUCCUCUCUUUAUAGCUUGUCAAAACGGACAUAAUAGCACUGUACAACUUUUACUGAGUAAUGGAGCAGACAUUAAUUUAUGUCUAAAGGACGGAGCCAGUCCUCUCCAUAUAGCUUGUUUUGAUGGAUAUAAUCGCACUGUACAACUUUUACUGAGUAAUGGAGCAGACAUUAAUUUAUGUAAGAAGGACGGAGCCAGUCCUCUCCAUAUAGCUUGUCAAAACGGACAUGAUAGCACUGUACAACUUUUACUGAGUAAUGGAGCAGACAUUAAUUUAUGUGAGGAGGACGGAGCCAGUCCUCUCCAUAUAGCUUGUGAAAACGGACACAAUCGCACUGUACAACUUUUACUGAGUAAUGGAGCAGACAUUAAUUUAUGUGACGAGGACGGAGCCAGUCCUCUCUAUUUAGCUUGUCAAAACGGACAUGAUAGCACUGUACAACUUUUACUGAGUAAUGGAGCAGACAUUAAUUUAUGUCUAGAGGACGGAACCAGUCCUCUCUAUAGAGCUUGUGAAAACGGACAUGAUAGCACUGUACAACUUUUACUGAGUAAUGGAGCAGACAUUAAUUUAUGUCUAAAGGACGGAGCCAGUCCUCUCUAUUUAGCUUGUCAAAACGGACAUGAUAGCACUGUACAACUUUUACUGAGUAAUGGAGCAGACAUUAAUUUAUGCAACAUAAACGGAGCCAGUCCUCUCUUUAUAGCUUGUCAAAACGGACAUAAUAGCACUGUACAACUUUUACUGAGUAAUGGAGCAGACAUUAAUUUAUGUCUAAAAGACGGAGCCAGUCCUCUCCAUAUAGCUUGUUUUGAUGGAUAUAAUCGCACUGUACAACUUUUACUGAGUAAUGGAGCAGACAUUAAUUUAUGUCUAAAGGACGGAGCCAGUCCUCUCCAUAUAGCUUGUUUUGAUGGAUGUAAUCGCACUGUACAACUUUUACUGAGUAAUGGAGCAGACAUUAAUUUAUGUGACGAGGGCGGAGCCAGUCCUCUCUAUAUAGCUUGUCAAAACGGACAUGAUAGCACUGUACAACUUUUACUGAGUAAUGGAGCAGACAUUAAUUUAUGUGACGAGGACGGAGCCAGUCCUCUCUAUUUAGCUUGUCAAAACGGACAUGAUAGCACUGUACAACUUUUACUGAGUAAUGGAGCAGACAUUAAUUUAUGCAACAUAAACGGAGCCAGUCCUCUCUUUAUAGCUUGUCAAAACGGACAUAAUAGCACUGUACAACUUUUACUGAGUAAUGGAGCAGACAUUAAUUUAUGUCUAAAGGACGGAGCCAGUCCUCUCAAUAUAGCUUGUUUUGAUGGAUAUAAUCGCACUGUACAACUUUUACUGAGUAAUGGAGCAGACAUUAAUUUAUGUAAGAAGGACGGAGCCAGUCCUCUCUAUAUAGCUUGUCAAAACGGACAUGAUAGCACUGUACAACUUUUACUGAGUAAUGGAGCAGACAUUAAUUUGCGCAACAAAAACGGAGCCAGUUCUCUCCUUUUAGCUUGUCAAAACGGACAUAAUAGCACUGUACAACUUUUACUGAGUAAUGGAGCAGACAUUUAUUUAUGUGACAAGGACGGAGCCAGUCCUCUCUUUAUAGCUUGUGAAAACGGACAUAAUAGCACUGUACAACUUUUACUGAGUAAUGGAGCAGACAUUAAUUUAUGUCUAGAGGACGGAACCAGUCCUCUCUUUAUAGCUUGUGAAAACGGACAUAAUAGCACUGUACAACUUUUACUGAGUAAUGGAGCAGACAUUAAUUUAUGUCUAGAGGACGGAACCAGUCCUCUCUCUAUAGCUUGUCAAAACGGACAUGAUAGCACUGUACAACUUUUACUGAGUAAUGGAGCAGACAUUAAUUUAUGUGACAAGGACGGAGCCAGUCCUCUCUAUGUAGCUUGUCGAAACAGACAUAAUAGCACUGUACAACUUUUACUGAGUAAUGGAGCAGACAUUAAUUUAUGUCUAGAGGACGGAGCCAGUCCUCUCUUUAUAGCUUGUCAAAACGGACAUAAUAGCACUGUACAACUUUUACUGAGUAAUGGAGCAGACAUUAAUUUAUGUGACAAGGUCGUAGCCAGUCCUCUCUUUAAAGCUUGUGAAAACGGACAUAAUAGCACUGUACAACUUUUACUGAGUAAUGGAGCAGACAUUAAUUUAUGUCUAGAGGACGGAACCAGUCCUCUCUAUAUAGCUUGUGAAAACGGACGUGAUAGCACUGUACAACUUUUACUGAAUAAUGGCACAGACAUUAAUUUAUGUAUAGAGGACGGAACCAGUCCUCUUUCUGUAGCUUGUUUUUACGGACAUGAUAGCACUGUACAACUUUUACUGAGUAAUGGAGCAGACAUUAAUUUGCGCAACAAAAACGGAGCCACUCCUCUCUAUAUAGCUUGUCAAAACGGACAUAAUAGCACUGUACAUCAUUUACUGAGUAAUGGAGCAGACAUUAAUCUAUGUACGAAAGACAGAGUCAGCCCUCUUAUUUAUGCUUUUGUGAAUAGACAUUACGAAACUGUUAAUAUUUUACUCAUCAACGGUGCAGACUCUAGCCUGGCUUGUGGAUGGGAAGUCAAUCCCGCCUUGGUUGAUUGCUAUGAUAAACAAGACUGCACAGUUGUAUUUUUACUACAAAAAGGCAACAUUUCAAAUAACUUGUAUGACCCGGAUUCGUAUUUUUCUCUGUUUGUAUCAUGUCAGGUAGAAAGAGUGACAAGAACACAAUAUUUUAAGAACGAGUCUAAAUAAUUUCACGUUCAAAAUAACAUAUAUAUAUCAUUUGGUGAACUGAGAUAUUAAAUACGAGUAUGCAAUUCAGGAUAUGGAAGCACACCUGAUGUUGAAAACGGACGUUUUGAUACCCCUGAAGGGUCUGUAUAAUUGUUUUAAAAAAGCAAAGUGAUCUUUAAGGGAAACGAGUAUAUUUGUUUUGAUUAACUUUUUAUUCUAUUUAUUUAUAUAUUUAUAUUUUAUUUAUUUAGAAUGAGAGAAAAGUAUAAGAUCAGUAUAUCUAUCAUUGACUUAAAGUGUUGAUAUCUACUGUACUACCAUAUAUUGGAUAAGUAAAUGUAUAUAAUUGUGAGGAGAGUAUGAUUACAGGUACAACCAUCAGUCUACAUGAAACAAAUGAUAUCUGCGUACGUUUAGCAGAAUUUUAUUUCUUUUAAUAUGUAUGUCUUGUGUUUACGCCUGUCUAGUUAUGAAAUAAAUUGAUGGAAAUAAACCUUUUUUGUUGAGUUGAAUUACAUGUAUAUAUUACAUGUGGUUAUUAAAAUUUUUAAGUGCCCCGUAAAUUAGGAAAGUAUCUGGUAUUUUAGUAAUUAUAAAAAUAUGUAAUGUAUAAUGAAGUUUAGUGUGGUAGGGCAUAUCGGUAUAAAUUUUCAUUGAUCAAAAAUUGCAAUUCCAACAUCCGUUACGUGUGUCAAAGUUCUUUGAUAUAACUAAAAGUCGGCCUAAUACAAAAUUAUGUAAUCUGAGGUUUAUUUUCAGUUUGUUUGAUAUCAAUUCAAUUUUUAAUGAUUAAAUUCUAGUUUGUGUUUAUUUGAUCUCAGUCUGAUGCUACAUGUAAUAUGCCGGUAAGCAUUUCUCGAACGUGAACGAAAUGGAAAAUUUACUCAAAUUGAGCAGACAUUCUGCUACUGGAAAUAAGAUGUCUAUCACUGUACAUUGUGAGUAAUAAAGGGGCCUGACAUUUGGCAAACAUAUUUUUUUCAGCACAACAUUCUUUAGCUCUGUAAAUA